AAUGGGAAUAUGUGCAUCAAAGAAACAGAAAGAUGAUUUGGCUUUAAAGCCUAAGCAUUGGCCAAGCAGCCCAGGUCGUAGACAUACUGGUAACAGUUUCAAAUAUGGAACUGAUCUUUACAUCAACUUAAAAAAUGGUUAGAUUGACAAUUACUACAUUUUGGGUGAUGUUCUUGGAGUAGGAGCAUUUGGAUAAGUAAUUAAAGCUACCCAUAAGCAAAGUGGAUAAGUUAGAGCAUUAAAAACAUUGGCAAAAAAAAAGAUAAUAAAUGAAGAAAAGGAUAAAAUGUUUGCAGAAGUUAACAUACUUAGAAAACUAGACCAUCCAAACAUAGUUAAACUUUUUGAACUAUUUGAGGAUGCCUAGAACUAUUAUUUAAUAACUGAGUAUAUGCCAUAUCAAUAUAAUUUAGACUUAUCUAAGGAGGUGAACUUAUAAAAAAAAUUCAGGCAUAAAAUACUUUUUCAGAAGCUGAGGCUGCUUACUAUAUGAGAUAACUUUUAUCUGCUUUGCAAUACUGUCAUAAAGCAAAGAUAGUUCACCGUGAUUUAAAAUUAGAAAACCUUAUGCUAAAUGUAGAUUCAGAGAAGCCAGUUUUAAAAGUUAUUGAUUUUGGAACUUCUAGAAAAAUCAUCCAAGAAAAAUAUCUUACAUCUAAAUUAGGAACUGUAAUAAUAUAAGUUAUUUAUUUUAUAGCCUCAUUAUACUGCCCCAGAAGUCUUUAAAUAAUAAUACACAGAAAAAUGUGAUAUUUGGUCUUGUGGAGUUAUCCUAUAUACAUUAUUGUGUGGGUACCUUCCUUUUAAUGGAAGUGAUGCAAGGGCUACAUAGAUAUUGAUAGAAUAUAAUAAGUGGAGUUUUGAUAAGAAUGAUUGGGCUAAUAUAUCUCCAGAAGCUAAGGCAUUUGUUAAAAAACUUAUGACUUACAAUCCAGAUAAAAGAAUAUCAACUGAGGAAGCAUAUUUAGAUCCUUGGUUGUAAGGACAUAUAAAUAAUACAAUUGAUUCAAGAGCUUUAACUCGUUUAUAACAAUUUUAUGUAAUUAAUUUAAAAUCUAUUUUUAGUAAUCUCAUAUUAUAUAAGAAUUAAUUAGAUAAUAUAUAACUUUUCAGGUUCUAACCCCAGAAGAUAAAGCGAAGAUUUUAGAAAAUUUCUAAUCAUUGGAUAAAGAUGGAGAUGGUAGAAUAAAUAGAGAAGAUUUGAUUUUUGGAUUAAAGUAAUCAAAAUUAGAUGAAACUGAAAUUGAGAAAUAAGUGGAUAGAAUUAUGGAAUAAUGUGAUUUUAAUAAAGUUGGUUCUAUAGAAUAUAAUGCCUUUUUGAGUAUAAUGAUAGGAUAAGAAUUAUCUGAGAAAACUAACAAAUUAGAAGAAGCUUUUAAAUAAUUUGAUUUAGAUAAUGAUGGUCUGAUAAAAAAGUAAAAUUUAGAGGAUGUUCUAGGAGGUAUAAUAAUAGAUGAAAGUCAUUGGGAAGAAGUACUAAAAAAAUGUGAUUCUGAUUAAUCAGGGAUGAUAAACAAGGAAAAUUUUAUUAAACUAAUGCAAUAAUUAUGA